AUGUUUAAAAAUAAUAAUCCAAAGCCUAUCAUUGAUGAAGAGUUAAUAGAGACAAAUCUUAAGGCACCUGAAGAUUUACCUCAAAAGACAGAGACUUACACAAAAAUUAUUCAAUAUCCAUCUGAACAAGCUGCCCAUUCUAACAAUAAUUCUAAUAUUGAUCCAAGUCAAUUUAUUGAAGUAAAACCCAAGUAUCUCAACACUGCAAUUCCAAAAGGUGAAAACAUCUUAGAUGAAUUAGAUGAUGAUGAACAAAUUGUUCCAAAAAUUGAUAUAGAAGAAGUUUUUGAGGAAGAUGAUGUUGUAGCAAGUUUCAGACAAGAAAAACAAAAUGAAAUUGAUAAUGCUAUUCCUAAAGAAAUUGACUUGCAGUUACCAGGGUGGGGAAGCUGGGGUGGAAUAGGAGUAAAAGCACCUAAGCGAAAAAAUAACAGGUUUAUUUCCAAGAAAAUACCUAAGAUGCCAAGACGUGAUGAAAAUAAAGGGGACAUUAUAAUAAAUGAAUUCAAAUUGCCUAAACUAAAAGCACAUAAGGUAUCUGAAUUACCAUUUCCAUUUACAAAAGUAAGUGAUUUUGAGGCCUCAGUUAGGGCUCCACUUGGUAAUACCUUCAUUCCUGAAACAGCUCACAAAAAAUUAAUUCGACCAAAUAUCAUCACGAAAGCUGGCACAAUAAUAGAACCCAUGGAUGAUGAACAGCUUUUGAUUAAACGUAACCAAACAUUUAAGAAUGAAAAGAUUAUAAAGCUGCUAAGUAAACAAUAA